AUGGUGUUGAUGCCUGUAUUAAAAGAUGGUGGUGGUGGUUGCAGUGGUGAUGACUAUGGCAAUAACAGUAAUGCUCCUGGGUGUGCUGGCUACACUGUAGACGGGUACACUGGUGCUGGCUACACUGUUGAAGGGUACACUGGUGCUGGCUACACUGUUGAAGGGUACACUGGUGCUGGCUACACUGUUGAAGGGUACACUGGUGCUGGCUACACUGUUGAAGGGUACACUGGUGCUGGCUACACUGUUGAAGGGUACACUGGUGCUGGCUACACUGUUGAAGGGUACACUGGUGCUGGCUACACUGUUGAAGGGUACACUGGUGCUGGCUACACUGUAGACGGGAACACUGGUGCUGGCUACACUGUAGACGGGUACACUAGUGCUGGCUACACUGUAGACGGGUACACUGGUGCUGGCUACACUGUAGACGGGUACACUAGUGCUGGCUACACUGUAGACGGGUACACUAGUGCUGGCUACACUGUAGACGGGUACACUGGUGCUGGCUACACUGUUGAAUGGUACACUAGUGCUGGCUACACUGCAGCCGGCUACACUGAUGCUGGCUACACUGCAAUUAUCUACUGA